AUGCCAGUGAAAUGUUGUUUCCACAGACCAGCCCCUAAAGAAACUAUGGCGUGGAUGGAGUCUGUGGACACGCUCUUGGCAAAUAAAGAUGGCCUGGCUGCUUUUAGGAGUUUCCUGAAGUCAGAAUUCAGUGAAGAAAACAUUGAAUUCUGGCUAGCCUGUGAGGACUUCAAGAAAACCAAGUCAGCGGCUAAAAUUGCUUUAAAAGCCCAAAAGAUUUAUUCAGAGUUUAUCCAGGCAGAUGCCCCAAAGGAGAUAAACAUCGACUUCAGUACCAGAGACCACAUCACCCAGAAUAUUUCUGAACCAACUCUCCAGUGUUUUGAUGAUGCUCAGAGAUUAAUCUACUGUCUCAUGACUAAAGACUCUUUCCCACGGUUUCUAAAGUCAGAAGCUUAUAAGGAACUGGUAAAUAGGCAACAGAAUGGAAAUCAGAAAAGAUGGCUUCUAUUUCUGUAA